CAAGCUGCUGUUGGAAAAACAGGUCCGGAAUUGGAAUCUUCUGCUUCCACGACGAUUUUAAGGACGAGUUAUUCCUCCUCCAAGGAGACUUCACGGUCAGAGUAUUCCUUCCAUACGCCAGUCCCGGAAUCGCGAAAUUCAUCCGAAAUUGUUUCGGAUGUUCGUUCUUUUUCGAAUUCUGAAUCAGGGCAGUUUGCAAAAAAUGGCAAUUUACUGGAUCUCGACGAAAGGCAGCUCAUGAAGGAAAUGGCACAGCAGUUACGACCAUUGCCGCAAUCGAGCGAUCAGUUCAUUGAAAAACAUCAAGUAACAAUUGUGGUGAUCUUACUGAUGCUUAUUUCUUCGACAGUACUUGUACUUUUCCUGUUUCUAUCAUCUGCUCGAGAGCGACGAGUGCAGCGUCAGAUUGAGCGGGCAUUAUGA